AUGCAGGAUAUCUCCUCUUCGAAGAUACCUUCGAUUAUGGAGCUCCAGAAGCUAAAAGACUGGAAGAAAAGUUUGCUAACUAUCCCGCAGCCAAUGGAUGAGGCUCUUGUUAAGGAAUUUUUGCUUGAGGUUGGUUACAGCCAAACUGAUGUGAGAAAGUACAAGACCCUUCGAGCUUGGCAGCAAUUCACUCAGUUAAGAGGUGACUGCAGCCAUGCUGGUGCUCUGUUAUUUGUACUUUGUGACAUUGUUUCCGAAGGCAAAACUACCUUGCCAGCAGAUCCAACCUGCACAGAACUACCUUGUAGCUGGUCAAAUCCUAAAGGUACCUCUGUUGAUCCAGUAACCACUGAACAAAUCCAUUUUUAUAAAUCAAGAUUUGAUGAGCAGCCUCUAGCAAAGAAAUUUAGAGCAACCCCUACAGUCUCGGUGCAAUUUUUUGGAGUUUCUAGAAAUUACGUAAGUGAAGAGACUGAUAAACAAAUGAAGCAGAACUUAAAAAUGGCAAUACUUGCUGCGAACAAAGACAAGUCCAUGCCACCUGUUUAUUAUCUACUAAAAUGCAAGUUCAUGAAAUCUGAAUGUGCAUUUGCUGAAACCCACAAGCUACCAAAAGAGCUGGAUGAGGAUGAUCCCAGACUACUACCUGGUUAUGCUGUUGAUGUUGAAGCCACUCCUCAUGUGCAAAUAUCCUCUGACAAUGUUUCUCUCCCACAGAUUAUAUCAGCUCCAUGUCAAAAAACACCCAAGGAGAACACAACUCUAUUGCUUGUGAUUUCUCCAGCUGAACAGUGUAAAUCGUCCAAAGAAAGUCAGGUUUCCUUAGUUCCUGUUACAUUAUUCUGUGAAAAUGGCACAUUUGAUGAAGAGAAUACGUUUCAACCCCCGAUUACCUAUCCAGUUCAAAUUCCUUCAAUACCUCCCAUGAGUUACCAUGCUUUUGACUUCUACAAUUAUAACAAUGUCAAGGUUUCAAUUCAGCAGCACGGGGCUGGGAAAUUGAAAAAGAAACUCAGCCUCAAUCCUCUAGUGAGCUUUGGUUUAAACAAAGAAAACUCAGAUUGACAGCUUCUAAUUUUGGAAACAUAAUUAAAUGUAAAAGGCAGAUGUGUUAAAACUUGCAAACCGCUUAUCUACCACUUGUGAUUCUAUGCCUCACUUGAAAGCCAUUAGACUUGGCAAAGAAAAUGAAGAUGUGGCUUCUCAGCUCUAUGUACGAUAUCAAAAUUCACAUGGUUCUCCUAGAACUAAGGUUUUCCACUGUGGCCUUGUAAUUAAUCCACACUUUCCUGGGUUGGGAGCUUCUCCAGACAGGCUAGGUUAUGAUCCCAAUGCUAAGCCAUCAACUGGUGGUUUGGAAGUGAAAUAUAUUGAAUCUGCACAGGGGGUGACACCAUUGGAAGCAUUUAAAAGUAAGCAAGCUCCAAAAGAAGGCAAAAAGAAAUCUUUCUGCCUGAAAAUGAAAGAUGGCCAUCUACAGCUGAAUGAAAUCACAAUUACUUUUACCAGGUCCAGGGUCAGGAAGGAGUAUCAGGAAUACAAUGGUUUGACUUUGCUAUGUUGACAGAUCUUUGUCUUGGCUUAAAUGGAUUGUUUGUCCAAAGAAUUCACUUUGAAAAAAAUAAAUGGGAGUCUGAGUGGCUGCCAAAGCUCACAGAGUUUUAUUUCAAACACCUCCUGCCUGUUGUUAUCAAAGAUAACUCUUCUCUGUAGUUAUCUAAUCACUGUUGUUACCUUUUUCAUUACAUGUAGUAAAAUAUACAUGAUUUAUUUUCUGUCUUGAUUUGACAAAACAUGGACGCUCCCAACCCACUGGCAUCUAAGAGAAUUGAAGGGGAGUCUGUCACUGACACCUGGGACAGGCUGCUUUGGGGGAGGGUCAGUGGGUAAAUUGAGCCUUAUACCAUCUCCAAUACUUUCAUUUGAUUUAUGGCCAGUAUUGGUUCUGCUUUCUGCGGGCCAGAUUCAGCAACCUGGAGCCCUUGCAUAGGCCACUUGUGGCCAGGGCAUGGGGAAGUUUUUAAGCAGUAGCUUCAGGCUGUCUAGUCGCAAAUGGAGGAGGGGAGGCCAAGCUAGUUAGUUGAACUUAGCAGUACCCUGGCUGUGUUUUGAUCAAUCAAGGCAGAUCAUAUCUAGAUUUCUAUUUUUUGUAGUGUUCACUUCAAAUUUUUUCCAUUAGGAAAAUGUUUUGCCUUAAAGGCCUUCUCACCCAAUUCAUCUUCAGAAUUUAACUAUCUUAGAGCCAAAAUACUGUUUAUCACCUUCCUGUUGCUAGUUAAUUAACACGUAGUUUCAAUAAAAUUUAGUUGUCUUG